AUGAAGAAAAUAACAGAUUUUUAUGCAAAGAAAUCAGGUACGUUCUUGGUUCUUUUUCAAAAGAAGUAUUUUAAUUUAAUUCUAUAACACCAAAAACUGUUUUCAACAGCCAGUAUCCUCGACAUACGGUGUAAUUCAUAAACAAAGUGCGUUUUCCAUCACGCCGCCAUCAUGCCAAAUGGCUGGCGAGAAAAUCAUUCCUUUCAAAUAUAAACAUUUUGCAGAAUCAGGGCCUGAAGAAUCAAGGUCUGAAGAAUCCGCGAGUAAUAAUGAAGGUAUUAACGAAGGUAAGGAGAAAUAAAAUUUUCAUUAAACCGAGGCAGAUACAUUAAAAUUUAUCAUGAUAUUAAGACUUAAUUAAUACUUCUAAAUGAACUGUCGUGAUAAAUACAGAAAGAAGCUGUUCUGCUCCUCCGAACAAGCUACCAAAACUCAGCAACCCAGAUGAUCAAGCUGAAGUGUCCGGGAUCGAAGGUGGAAGAUGCUUAUUUUUAUUUAUCUGAAUGGUAAACUUAUAUUGACCAGUCCGAGAAAAGAGUAUUUAUUCAAAUGAUGCAAGAAGUCUGGAGAAUUUCAAGUAAAACUGACUAGUAUUAAUUUCGUUUUGUACACAGCUUUGCCUGAUGAAGUAUUGAUCGAGGUGUUUAAAAACUUCUCCCUUAAAGAAAUGCUUAAAACAUUAUGCCUGGUUUCACGAAGGUGGAGGCACAUUGUGUUAAGUUUCUCAUUUAGUUUUCAUUAUUUUUAGUUUCAUUUCAUUCCUAGUGUUUCAUUUACGUCAUUGCUUUGUUUCUAAUACUCCCGGUAGAUAGCUCUUAUUUCAGUCGAUUACACGUUUCUCGCAUGAUACAGUAGAAGAAUAAGUUUUUGUGUCAUUUAGUUUCGUUUCGUUUCGUUAUUUGGACGUUUACUGUGUGGGUCAGAUAUGUAAGUAAUCAUUUUCGUUUCCUUUCGUGGAUAUUUUUGUUGAUUUAGUCUUCAGGUUAUUGAUUUAGUACUUUAUUUGUCCCCUCGUGGGCAUACAUGUGUACAUUUCGUAACAAUUUCGCAUAUUUCGUUAUUUACUACAGUACGGAUAUUUCAGUUACCUUUCUACUAAUUUUAUCAUCAUCGAAAGUCAAUAUAUAAAGCAUUUUAUUUAGGUUAACAGAUGUAUUUGUUAAGUGUUUUCCAUGCAACAAUAAGAUUCUUCAUGUGUGGGGUUCCGCCCCCAAAAUGCACAAGCUUGUACUUUGUCAUUAAGCCUUUCGUACACAAUUAUGUUUUAUCGUCUUUUGUUUCCAUCGCUACUCGUUUAUAUUUUGAUUUCCCCUAUAAGUUAGUUCAUUUAGUUGUAUUUGUUUUUUAGUUUACGAGAAUCAUUGAUCGCUGGCAAGAAAUAAAUCAAGUUGAUUACAUCACAUCAUUUCAUCGCCUGCAAGUUUUUGAUCUCCGUAUUUAAAUAUCCCCGAUCAGUUAGCGACACGUUUGAUUUGCUAGUAAAGAACAUGACCGUCGCUUCGCAUUAACACAUUGUAAACAAUAACAACAUUCUAUGGAGUUGCCUCCUUCUUAAUGAGUGGCACAUAUGAUAUUUAAGUGAAGAACAGUUUAUUAACAUCACACUCCAGUGGGUUCAAAUAUUUAUCCAUAAGAUAUAUCGAAAUGACAACAUCAGAAGUGAGGAUGGAAGCAUUACUAGGAAAUAGUCUAGAAUUUUCUAAACAUUUGAGAUAUUUGGAUUUAAGUGGACAACCGAUAUCAUCCCUUAAUUUCCUAUUGAUUGAGUCCUCUCCUCUUGAAACCUUGAUCCUUAGUGACUGUCAAAAAAUAGAUACCUGUUGUUGUACUGCUAUUUUAAAGCAAUUAAGAAAUCUUAGAAUAUUAUCUCUCAACUGAGUAGGAUUCACUGCCAAUCAAGUGACAACAAUUACUGCCUCUUCAUGCUUAUUGAAUGCUCUGUGCCUGGUUGGUGUAAGUCUUGCAAGAAAAGACACAAGACUGAUUUUGCAAAAAUUGAAUCACCUUCAGUUUUUUUCAAUAUCUUGCAGUUCUGAAGAUGAAGAACAUAUCUAUGCUCUAGGGGAAGAAUAUGACGUUAGUUUUGUUUGCCGCUAAGAGUAAAAAUAUGUUAUAUAACAUGGUGGCAUAACAGUGUUGUGUUAUAGAAAAUAGUUUAUUAUAACAUUUACUGAAGGUCUAACCAAGACAUUCUGUAUGAGACCUGUAUAGUAAAUAUCAGCAGGCUAUGGUAUUUUUUGAUUUGUGUGUAUGACAACUUCAAAUAUUGUCAAUUGAAAUUUUGUCAAAUAAAAAGUAUGCGUGUUCAAUUUUAUUGAGGUUAUUUGAAGUAGGUAAGCAACUAACAUAUUAAGGGUUAUGAAUGUAUACAAAUAAUUGUUUUUAUAAAUUUUAGAUGUAGUUACAAAAGGUCCUGUGGCUGCCACUGCUGGUUCAACCACAGGCACGAAGAUCGAUUUGGGUACUGUUGUGAAAGCUGCUGAAGGCUCGUGGGAUGUUUUGAGGCGAUUAUCGCACGAAAUUACAGAUGAAAAAAAAAUGCAAUACCUUACGUUUCACUGGAAGCCCUCUGAGUCCGAUAUACUUCAUUCUCAUCAAGUUACCAAAGGAAAGAAGACGUGGAAAGUUUCUUUUCAAUCCAAAUGGCUAAAACAGUUUCCCUGGCUUUGCUACAGUAACUUACUUGAAGGUGGUAUUUGUAGUCACUGUAUCUUAUUCCCUCACAAAGUUACCAAGGGAACAACACCAGGUGUAUUGGUCACAGCACCAUACCAAAAAUCGUACACUAAGGCACUUGGCAAGGAUGGAAUCCUCAACUGUCAUGAGCAAUCUGUAAUGCAUAAAUACGCAACUGAACAGGCAGACCUCUUCAAACAAACUUUUGAGAAUCCUGACAGGUGUAGAGUAGAUUCCCAGCUGGCGACGUCCGUAGCCAAUCAAGCCACUGAGAAAAAAGAAAUUCUACGACAGAUUGUUUUGGCUGUAGAGUUUCUGGCAAAGCAGAGUCUGGCCUUUAGAGGUCAUCGUGAUGAUCGUGUUGAUUUUUCUAGUUAUGAAAUUAACAGAGGAAACUUUGUUGUCCUGCUACAAUUACUGGCGAAAGGGAACGACUCUCUUCAGAAGCACCUCUUGUCAUCAAGCCGACAAGCAAGAUAUACUAGCAAAACUAUCCAGAAUGAUGUCAUUCACGUGUAUGCGUAA